AUCUGCGUUCGCUACGAUAGCUCCAUCGCGCGACACGAGAUGCUCCGCAAUCAUGAUUCCAUACAUAAUGCCAUGUCGUGCAACUAUCGUCUCUCCUGCUUCUCGCCAAUCCAGUUUUUUCUUCUUCAAUUGAUCGCAGAAUGUCUUCUUCAAUAGAAGCCGAUGAAAGUAUUGCUCCAGUACCUCUUCCCGAAGAUGUAUUCACCGAAAAGAAAGCCGCAAGAAUAACAGAUGAAGCUGGGGAGCUCGCAGUUGUAGCUCUCGCAUCAGGAGAUCCCGACGUAGAAUUGUCAAGAAAGGUGCUGCGGAAAAUCGACCUCUAUCUUUUGCCAUUUUUAUGCGUAACUUACGGUAAAUUCACGCUGGAUGAUUCUCAAAACUGAGUUAAUAUUCUGUAAGGCCUCCAAUUCCUUGACAAAACAUCCUUGGCAUAUUCUAGCGUCUUUGGUGUCAUUCAAGAUACGCAUCUCGUGGACCAGGACUACUCCUGGGCUUCGUAGGUAGUCUCCAUCUUCCACCAUGUCGUUUCUUAAUAGAACCUGCUAGCUCGAUAUUUUAUUUCGGAUACCUCAUUGCCGAAUAUCCUGGUGUAGCACUGCUUCAACGUUUUCCAAUUGCAAAAUUUCUCGGCAGUAAGCUCUCUCCUUCACAUUCAGGUCUCGUUCUAUCUAUAGAUUCUCACAAUCACUAGUAAAUAUCAUCAUAUGGGCAGCAAUAUUAAUGCUCACUGCUACUGCCUCUUCUUUUGCCAGUCUUGCCACACUUCGAUUUCUUCUCGGAAUAUUUGAGUCCACGAUCUCGCCUGGAUUUGUCAUCCUGACCAGCACUUGGUACACACGCCAGGAACAAGCCUCUCGAUCCUCCCUCUGGAUAUCUUUCAUGGGUCUUUUUGGAACUAUUGGUGGUAUUCUCACGUUUGGAAUUGGUCACAUCAAUCACUCCCUCUCACCAUGGAAGCUUAUCUAUCUCAUCCUGGGUGCAGUUACCAUUCUGUGGGGCAUCCUGUUCUUGAUUUUCGUACCAGAUAAUCCAGCAACCACAAGCUGGUUGACGGAAGAAGAGAGAAUCGUUGCUCUGCAAAGGGUGAUAGAGAACAAAACAGGCACAAAAUCAAGAGCUUUCGUCAAAUCACAAGCUUGGGAAGCAAUCACGGACCCCAAAAUACUACUUCUUGGCUUGAUAUCUUUCGUCAAUGCUGUCGUGUCGGGAGGCCUAUCGUUUGGUUCGUUGAUCAGUAAGUCGAUUUCUCGAUGCUUUUUUUGUUCUUGUUAUAGUCUCAUGAGAGUCAGUAGCAGGUUGAACCCCGAUUCAUGGUUUACCCGUAUAUCAUGGAACCUCUCGAAGGAUAUUUUGCUGAUUUCGGUAUAUCGAUGAAUAGUUCAAGGAUUUGGUUAUACAGCUCUCCAAACGGCACUAAUGAACAUGCCUCUCUCCUUUCUACAAUCAGUUUUCAUGCUCCUAGCCGGCUAUACGAUGCAUAAACUUUCCAACUCGCGUCUAUAUGUUGCUACGGUCGCAAUGAUUCUUCCCAUCAUAGGAACACUCCUCAUCAAUCAGCUAGCGACAGAGAAUAAGUGGGGGCGUCUUGUCGGUCUCUGGCUACUGGCCAGUUACCCUACCGGAUUCAUGGUUCUCCUCUCGCUGCUUGCUUCUAACAUCGCCGGCACCACGAAGAAGAGUACUGCCAGUGCUUUGGUCUUCAUCAUGUAUUGUGCUGGACAAAUUGUUGGUCCGCAGUGUUUUAAAGCGAGUGAGAAACCGGGGUACAGGGGAGGUAUCAUAUCAAUGCUCGUAGGGUUUACACUCAAUGCUUUCUUCAAUUUGAUUUUGAGAGCUUUGUACGUAUGGGAAAAUAAGCGGCGAGAGAAAGAACUACAAGGAUUGGGCGGAGAGAGGUUGGAGGAUUUAAAGGAGGAAAGUAGAAGGCAAGGCUUUGAGGACCGAACGGAUAAGGAGAACGUAUGUCUUGCCCCUUGGAAAGAUUGGUGCUGGAGCUAAUGAGAACACAGGUAUUCUUUCGAUAUGUCUUGUAG